AUGGGUACUGCCUGGGCUGCAAACAAUCAGUUUCCGUGGGAGAUUGAUCGAUAUGUGGGUGGAAUUGAGAACGCAAAAAUCAACAUCAUGAUGCGAAUCUAUUCCAACAAGUGGCAUGUAUACGCUGGGCUUGCCAUAUUGAAUCCAGCUGCUCAGAGACAGAUCAGGCAGUAUGCUCAAUCGGUUACCGACCUCUACAAGCUCAUGCUGGAGGGUCGUCGGACCGAAUUCGAAACCCGGAUCCGCAGUGCUGGUGCAGCAGUCUUCUCAAGCGAUGCCAGGGGAGACCUGCUCCUGGACGAUGCCCUGCUGGACAAGUUUUCGCUAUCUCAGGAUCCCAAGCAACGCAAACCCAACAACCAUUUGAGCUUGCUGGCUAUCGUAGAUUGCUGGUGGAAACUUGGCAUUGUUCCGUACAACCAUAUGAUUUGUUCGACACCUUUGUUCCGUAUUUGGUUAGGUGUUACUGAAUACCUCUACCGAAACGAGCUUCUGUUAUCGGAGGCUAUCAAUACCGCUAUCGUCGAUACGUCUUUUCGAUCAGACGACCUAGAAUUCACAUUUGCCGCAAGGGCAUGGUCGGAAUGCGUGUCCUUUGGUUCUUUCGAUGCAUAUCGUGAUCGUUUCGAAAACAUCCAGCGCUACUUCGCACCACGUUUUGAAGACGCAGUACGAAUGGGCAACGAGAUGAUUAAGACUAUUGCCCAGAACACCAAAUCCUCUACCCGCAAUGGCUUGUAG